AAUUUAUUGAUAACAAUAUUUUCUGGAUAGUUUAUUUUAUUUUUACCGUUUACCACGAUUUUUUUGGUGAUAUUAUCUGGAAUCGCGCAUUUUACGCAUUAUUUCUUUUGUAUUUGCUGUAUGUGGUAUGACAACAUGCUUACUGUUCGUUGAGAUUUGUUGCAUUCAACGAGCGUACAAAAAUCUGUUUAACUGUUGUCGAGUCCACAAUUACUUCUCCAUCGGAUAUUGGCGAAUUGUACCCUUACAUUUAAAAUUGUAUUUAAUAAUUUGUUGGAUUUUGUCGAAAAUGAAGUUCAAACAGUUCUUAACGAACAGUUGGCGUCUCGUUAACUCCAAUGGAUCGCUCAUUAACAGGUCUACAAAUUCAGUUUUGGAUUGUUCAAACGCCGGCUAUGCACAUAAGACUGUUGAAGAAAAGCUGGGAUUGCCACCAAGACCUAAAAAGCCUUCCCCACCAUUUUUUCAAUUUCUACAUGAAAAACGGCCUGAUAUGAUGAAGAAUAAGAAUAUGAACCUUAUGGAUGCUGUUCGAAAAGUCAGUGAAUUGUGGAAAAAUAUUGAUAUCGAUAUUAAAAAUAAAAUGAUUGAAAACUACAAUAAGGAACAGGAACAGUAUAAAGAAAUUAUAGAAGCAUAUAACCAAGGUUUAACACGUGAACAAAAAAAUGAAUUGAGUCGAGCCAAAUAUAAAAAGACACAACUGAAAACUAAACGCAAAAUUAAAAAAGAACAAAAAGAACUAGGUAAACCUCACAAACCUCGUUCAGCAUAUUUGAUAUUUGUUACUGAGCGCAUGAAAGAUAGAGGAAACACCCCUGUUCAAAUUUUUAUGAAAACCGUGGCCAAGGAUUGGCAAGAAUUGGACACAAGCAGCAAAGAAAAAUAUAAUGCUAUAGCUUUAGAAGAAAAUAAUAACUAUGUUUCUGCUCUUAAAGAGUGGGAAAAUUCUAUGUUAAAAAUCGGAAGAUUUGAUUUGGUAAGAAUAAAUGUAACUUCUUCCGUUGAAAACAACAAUAUUAAAAAUGUAAGUCAAGACUGAAAAUCAUUUGCUUUAAUUCCUUAUACAAAUGUGUUUCUGUGUGUUAUUAUUUUAUUAGUUUAGUUUAGUGGUCCAUAAAUAUAUAUUUUUGAAUAUUCUCAGUUAUAAUUUUAAUUUUCAUUAUUCUUAUGUAUUACGAUAAACAAUAUAACUCAUAUUUGGUCAAUUUCCAAAAUAAAUAUUUUUUCAAUUUAUGACAACUAUUUUUUUGUUGCUUUUUCAAUAUUUUGUAAAACAUUAAUCUUCAUUUUCGUUUAUAACAUUGAUGAUGUUAUGUUAACUGUGAUUAAGUAUCUAUUUUCAUUUAAAAUACAUUAAAAAUUUGUAACAAGUUAAAUCAUCAUCUAUUGAAAAACAUUUUCUAUGUAAACUUUAAUUUUUAGUCAAAUUCAGUAUGUUUUCUGGCCUUAAGUUCUUGGUUGAGCUGACUAAUAAAUUUAUUGUACAUCUCACAAUAUAAGGACAAGACAAUUAUUUUUAUCUGUGCUCACAACUCUACUGCAACUACCUUUUACCCGCUUAUUUAAAUGUUAAGCUUCUGAACUCGGAAGAAUUUAUUCAAAUCUUAUUGUCAACCAUCCUCUAAAGAAUUGUUAUCCCGAUUUUGAUUAUUAAAAACAAUAAAAGGUCAUUAGUAUUAUUUUUAA